CAGCUCAACAGUGAGGGCAUCAAGAGCACGGCCUUGUGCUACCUAACGCCGGUAAUAAGCAGAAGGUGUAGCAUUAUCAGCGCUAAAUGUGUUUGUAAAGUGAAGGAUAAGGCCUUGCCAAAGGCCUGGGCAACAGUUUGUGGAAAACAAGAUGUGUGCGACCGUGUAAUAUCAGGUUAGUAUGUUUGCAAUACACCGGUUUCAGAUGCAAUUUUAAAGAACAUUUGAAUGCAAAAGUUUGACGCAUUUUUAUCUUUCCAAUACUGCAGGUAUCCACAACGUGGCAUUUUUCUUUAGUGCUAUAGCCAGCCAAGAGAAAAAAAAAGGCAGUAUCAAUGAGAACACAGACGGGGAGAGUAGUUCUGAAGAUGAGAUUCCC